AUGGCAUCUUCUUUAUGGGAACCCCAGUCACGGGAUUGCAGAGCAGAUGAUUCCCGCAAGGUGCAAGUCACUAUUUUGGCUUCUGAAUGGGGAUCAAGCAAAGGGGGACUUUCCACCAUAAACAGGGAGUUAGCCAUUCAGUUGGCCAAAUGCCCUCAAGUGGAAAUCACUUUCUUUUUACCUCAAUGCAGUCAAGAGGACAAGAAGGUAGCCAUGCAGCAUAACGUAAAGGUCGUUGAGGCAACACCACUGCCUGGCUUUGAUCAACUUAAUUGGCUUUGCUUUCCACCUGAAGAUUUGCAAAUGGAUAUUAUCAUAGGUCAUGGAGUUAAACUCGGUAAACAGGCUCAAAUCAUUAAAAGAUCUAAAAGGUGCAAAUGGGUUCAAGUGGUGCACACAGAUCCAGAGGAACUUGGAAUGUUCAAGAACUAUUCAGAUCCAAUUUCAAAAGGCGAGGAAAAGCACAAGAUGGAAGUAAAACUGUGUGAAAUGGCGGAUCAUGUUGUUGGGGUUGGUCCCAAGUUGAGUGAGGCCUUUCGCUCUUAUCUUCGCAGCUGUCAAAAAGAUGACAAUCUUGUUGACUUCACUCCGGGAGUAUUCGUAGAGUUUACGACUGUGAAGCAGGCUCCUAGUGAAAGGCAACAACGCAGUGUCUUGGUGUUUGGUCGUGGAGAUGUAGAGGAUUUCAAAUUGAAAGGAUUUGACAUCGCUGGGAAAGCGAUUGCUGAGUUAGAAGAUACUCGUCUUGUCUUUGUUGGAGCUCCAGACGGAAAACACGAAGAAAUAGCAAAACGGUUAACUGGAUGUGGUGUCCCUGCAAGUCGCUUGAGAGUAAGAGGAUUUGUUGAAGAUCGAGAGAGUCUAAGGCGCUUGUUUCAAGAAGUAGAUCUUGUUGUCAUGCCUUCAAGAACAGAGGGCUUUGGACUGACAGGACUGGAGGCCUUGUCGGCUGGUCUCCCUGUGCUCGUCAGCUGCAACUCCGGUUUUGGAAAAGCUUUACACAGUGUACCUUUUGGAUCAACAUUUGUAGUGAACUCAGAGGAACCAGCAGAUUGGGCUUCUGCUAUCAAAACAAUCUUGGUCAAGGACAGGAGAAGUCGGCUUGAGGAAGCAGAAACCUUGUGCGAAUCCUAUGGCAAGAAAUACAACUGGGCCAAACAGAUAAAAGAUCUCAUUGACACGAUAAUCAGUUGGGUGUACGGUAUGAAUGCCAAUUUUCCUUUUAUGAAAAAAAAAAAUUCUUAACAGAUUGCAAAAGGAAUAAUAGAAUGUGGGCUCUGAUAAGAAUUGAAAAUAAACAAACAAAACCAAAUUUGAGUAAUAUCUGCUGCCUUUUUGUCCUAGCUGAGAUUGUGAAGAAAAGCGAUUACUAAGUUUUGUGUUACAUGUAAGCAAACAAAGUAAAGUAAUAUUGACCCAAACCAUAUAUCAUAUGUUUUAUCUCCAGUUCACUGGCUUAUGGGCUUAUCCACAUUUACCAAAACAGCCUGUUGUUAUCUACUCUUUUUUGUCAACAGAUGAUUCCUUAGAUUACCAGAGCUCUUCAGAAACAAAGCACAGAAUUUUUGCAUCCACUGAUAAAGCUUCUCAGCGAACAGAUGGGACAACUGUAGACCCUGAAGGUAUCCCUGAUGACUUAAUAAUAAUAAGCUUCUUGAAUGAUGUUGCUGUUCAAAAGUGUUAGAUUUGUACAUUAAAAUUGUUAACAUCCUUUGAAUAUGUCUUGGCUUACGUAAGCGUGGAUGAACGAUAGCUACAAUCAGGGACACAAGUAGUUGACACACUUGUUUAAAAUGGGUGCUUUUAUCAACAAUUUCAUUCAUCUAUUAUUUCAUUCCUUUUAAAUGCCAUAAAUCCCCUCACCCCCCAAAUCAAUGUUGUCUGAAGUAAAAGAAAGACUUGAGGGUCCAAAAUACAACAUUGUUUUUGGAGGGAAGGGGUUGGGGUACAGAGGGGAAGGGGAUAGGUAUGUCCAUUAUGCAAAAAGGGGUCAUUUAUGGAAAGUGUCUCAACACUUUUGUCCCUCAUUGUAGGUUCACUUGCAUGUAUGCAUACCGCUAAGGCCGAACAGUUGGCUUCAAUCUGCCUCGAACUGGUUUAGGAUUUCACUUUUUCUCCAUAACUUCAAGAACAUUUCAACUUCUAGAGUUCUCAAAUCUCCCAAAAAUAUUGUUUGGAGGGAGAGAGAGAAAAGAAUAAAGAAUAUGUGGCAUGUGUGAACAUGUGCACAUUUGUGUACUUUUCAUGUACAAAUGAUUGGAUCUCAUUAUGCCUGAAAAGUGCCAAAAUUGCGAGAAAACUAAUGAAAGCCAAUUAAAGAAAUUCCUUUGUUGAUUUUAUUCAUUUAAAUGUUUCAGAGGAAAGCUAUUAGGGAGCUCAAGCAAAGACUUUUUUGAUCAGUGCCACCUUUGAACUUGACGUGAGGCCUUUCCUUUUUGACAUGCCUUGAAGCUACCAAAAGUGUAUUGCUAAGUGUCUUUACUCUUAUUGAGACAGUUUGCUGCAAAAUAUUUUGGGCAUAACAACUGCCCAACAUGCAAUAUGUUCCCUUCUGUUCGACCCUAUUGCGUUGUAUGUGAAAUAUUGGUUAAGCAGAACACAAAAUACUAACCAGUCUGCACUGCGCUCUGCAAAAUAAAUCAACAAGCUAACUGAGAACUAUGGAUUAAGCAAAUAAUAUUAUUAAAAUCUUGCUAAUUCUCUUAUCAUAAAAAAACUAGUUGAUGUCAAUUUCAGAGGAUUAUUUUAAAUUAAUCACUGCAAUAGGAUCCCAAAAAUUAUCAAUAUCCAUGACCACUACACCCCUACAAAACAAUGGAAAAUGUGAUUCUAAGUACCUUUUUUUUUUUUUUUCAGCUUGGAAUGUUUUUCCAUCUUUACAAAAUUUACAAUGUGAUGCAGAGCAGGUUAGCAAAAAAACCAACCUACCAUCUGAUCUAAGAACGAUUGCUGCCAAGAAAGGAUUCUUUGUUUCUGAUAACCAAGCUUCUGGGAACUGUUUAUUCCAUGCAUUAUCAGAACAAUUACAAAGUGUCAAAGGAAUUCAAAUCUCACACAAAGAGCUAAGAAAAACCUUGGUUCAGUUCCUCGAUGAGAACCCUAAUCUGGUAAGUUGAUGACUAGCCUAACUAAGACAAAAACUCUUGGCACAGGCCUUCCCUGUCUGUUUGGCGGACUCCCCUCAUAUGAUAAGGAACUAAACAUACCAUGCUGUCCGUGCGAGAACUAGUGAGUCAGUCCCAGCUUUAUCUAUGACUUAUACUCUUAUAUCACCCAGCUCGUCCUAUUCUUAAUUACUUCAUAUCAUUGCUAAUUACUGCCCUACACCUGUUCCUUAAAUUGUAUCACGCCAAUAAUUGAUCCCUUAACUCAGUUUGACGUUUCUGCUAAACUAAAUUGGAUAAAAGCCGGGAUUGAACAUAACAAAAAAGAACUGAAGUAUUAUGGGAUUGAGACUAGGCUCUCUCAAUCUUCUUUGAAAUCACCCACCUCUUUGUGUUUAGUCUGAAAUACUUAAGCUUUGACAGCGAAACUUGGAGGGUAAGAACAACCAAACACAAGCAUUUUAGGUCACUUGUCUUGGUGACAGUCAUCACACAAAUGCAUCAUGACUUGAAAUACCGGUAGUCGCCUUCUGUCGCCAUCUAAGGUUACAGGUGACCCAGGUGAAAUUUUUUUAAAUCCCUGUCAACAGUAUCAUUUCCAUCUGAAAACUACUUCCAAAAUUUUGGAGAGAAUCUAAAUAAUUCAUUAUCAGGGCUGCCUCAAGCGGAGCCCAGUUUACAAAAUACCAUCUAUUUUCUCCCCAGGGGGUAUUUCUGCAAAGUCAUAGUGGGGGUGUGCUGUCCAGCUCUCCAAAUCUUAGCACUAUUUCAGAGCAAUAGCUAUAAGGUUAAUGUAAGGGAGUACUCCCUGGGGAUUUCCUACGUCAAAAAAUGAGGACUAUUAAUUAUUGACUUAGUAACAGCAAAGCAUAUUAAGUGAUGGCAUCCACAUCCUCGGAGACACAGGGGCAGCUAGUUGGGAUAAUAUAAUGUUUGUGGUGAAAGUUUACUGUAAGAUUGAGAUGAGCCCCUGGGCACUUACUCUUACCACACCAAUUCCAGAAGCUUUUGAAUUGCCUGCUUCUGACUGGCCAGAAAAAAAAAUUUCUGGCCAAUCAGCGAAGUGGAACAGCCAGGUGACUCUGGUGUUUUCUUACAUGACGUAGGUUUCCUCAUCGCUUGCCGUUGUUGAGUAGCCCAUUUAAUUGGGAAAGUUUCUCAAGAGAAGUUUCAGAAAAACUGUUAACAAAGGCAAAAAUGUUUCAGAAGUCAUGCAAACAAGCAUGGACAUCUAUAAUGUAAGCCUGGCAUUGUAUACUAGACAAUGUGAGCAAAGGUGUGGAAAGUGAAAGUCAUGCAUCGCGUAUCAGCAAUAAAAAUUUACGAUACCCUUGGCAGAUCCAUUGUGGGAACUAAUCGGAGAUUGUUUGUUCCUUUUAGCCAUACUAAAGCAUGCAAUUUUCCCGGCUUUAUUAACAUUUUUUUCUUAAGCUGUCCUCGAUAAACUUUCCCCAUUGAACAUUGUACGCAAUUAUGGCAAUCAGUGAGAGUGUGCAGCCUUUAAAUAUACUUUCUAGCAGAUUAAAAUCACUCCAUGUCUAUGUCGAUUACUCAGAAAAAAUUGAAAUUCAUUUGUUUGAUUGUUUUUGUUUUUUAGCACGAAGGGACAUCUUUGCUUAACUUUGUCUCUGGAUACCCAUCUUGGCAUGAAUACUUAGAAAGCAUGGCGAAAGACGGUACUUGGGGCGAUCAUGUGGUUUUGUUUGCUGCAGCGAAUCACUUUCAAACUCCCAUCCGUAUUAUCAGCAGUCUCGACCAUGAGAUAGUUGUCCAGCCAGAUCAUGCACUUGCCAACACCACCCCCCUUGUGUUGGGACACAUUCACGAGUUACACUAUGUUAGCCUUCAGCCCAGACAAGGUAAAACAUUCUUUCCAAUCACAAACAUCCUGGUAUUUUUUUUUUGGACUUGUGGGAAUUAUGUUUGCAGAAUUUAUAUACAUACGGCUAUUUCGAGAAAGGUCGUCGGAAAAAAUGUGCAAAAAUAUGGGAUAUGAUCAUGCCUUUAUCAAAGGGAAGUAAUAAGAAUUUUAACAAACAACUUGAAGAGGCAUGUUAGAAAAAUGCAGAGUUUUACCUAAUUAACCCUUGUUUUUUAACAGUCAAAUUACCACUCACAAAUGAAUACAUGUACCAUCUCUGAUGAUUCUAGAAGGUGUGGUUUUGCCAAUUUGCACAAUAAAUGCUGAAGUUUAUGCUAAAACUUCAGGAUUUUAAACUCUCAAGUAUUUUAUCAUGGAGUAAUAUUUUAUUUUGUUUUAGUUUGAUUACAUGUUUUCUGUAUAUCUAAGCCCAUUAGUAGACACAGCAAAAGAGAAGUUUAAUACCUAAUUAAUUGGUUAUUGCCAUGAUAUAGUACUGAUGAGUAAAAAGCAAUAAUAUAAUAUUCCUUGUGGUACAAUGAUAUUGUGUUUAUUUCCAGUAUUAAUUUGACGCUAUAUGAGGCCUGAGAAGACAGCCAACAUUUUGUGAUGCCACCACUGGUUUCCCCGUAAAAAGAAGUCCAAGGAACGAGCAUAGAAAUUCAAUACUGAUGACACAUCACUAUCCAGAUCUGGGUAGUGCUUCUGAUUGGUUGAAGCAAAUUUACCACACAUCAGGACCAAUCAGAAGCACUACACAGAUCUGAGUAGUGAUACAUCAUCAGAAUGAAAUUUCAACUCUUGUUUCUCAGACGUCAUUUCAUGGGGAAAACCAAAUGACAGCUGUUUUCUCAGGCUAUGUGAGAUGCUACCAGCUCUGUACUAGGCAGCUACUUAUCUCAUAUAGUGCCAGUGGCAAAAGUGGCCAGAUCCAGUUUCUCACACUGUAUUUGCAGUCGCUAGAACACCACAUUCUUGUCAUUAAAUACUAUAGAGAGGAGAAGUCGUUAUGUCAUGUUGCCAUGGUAGCAAAAUUUCUGGAUGACGACAAACCGAAAAAUUAAGUCUCUUAAAUGUGAAUUUGCACUGUUAUUCAAUUUCACUUAAUUUGUCAAAUGUUGGUGAAAUUUUCUGGGGUUGAUUCCGAAAGGACCGUAUCUAAGUUAAAAAAAAGAAAAAGGAAAUUGUUUUGCUGUGUUCACCUACCUCAGGAAGCGGGUGCGUGAAAUUAGGACAUUUUAUGUCGCAGUCAUGCAACAAUGGCUAAGAAAUGUACAAAAAAGUGUCAUGCACAUGCAAAGUUGUUGUUUUGCUAAUGUAUACUAUUUCUUUUUCCCGUUCUCCUUGGCGUUGCCACUGUCAUUGCCUAAGCUCCCUUUUGUUGCCAAAAAUUUUGCUUCCAUGGUAAUGUGACAUCGCACUUCUCCUCUCUAUUGUUGAAAAUAUUAUCAUUAUUAAUUCUCUUUUUUUAUCUUCACUUGAUUCAUUAUUUGUUUAAUUGCACUGGUUAGGAUCCAAGACAUUAACAUCUUCAGAGCAUUCAACUAGCAGAUCAGUGGGCAGUGAUGGCAAUUCACCCCAGCUUACCACCAUUUUCCCAGAGGAUACAACUAGAAGUUCAUACGGAAGUGAUGGUUCUGCACCACAGCUUACCAGCCGUCUCCCUUCUUGUGUAAACAAUACUGCAAGCAAUGCAAAAAAGCCCAUUAGGAGCCCUCCUGAGGUCAAUAAAGUUCUCCUUUCCUUGGCUGAUGUCACUACAACAACCAAACCUUCAAAAGAUGCUGAUCUCCCUGUUGAUGUUCUGUUACUGACAGUGAAGAAUUGUGAGUUCUUAGCUUGCUACAGUGAGCUUAAGAACCCCUAUAGAUGUUACUUUGAUGGUCUUGGAUAUGUUUACUUUUCUGAUGUGGAUAGAAGUCAAGAGAAAGUUAAAGUCGCAUUAUUAAAGUGUUAUGAAAAUAGUGCUGGCCCUGGUGGUUCUCUCAUCUCUGUUAAGAAUGCGGCCACUGUGCUAAAACCUAAAGCAGUUAUAUCUGUUGGUACAUGUAGCAGUCUUCACCCUGAGAAAUGCAAGUUAGGAGAUGUUGUUGUUUCUGCCAAAUUAACAACAUAUGCAUCCAAAGUGGUGAUCAGUAAUCAAGAACAUUCAACUGGCAUGAGAAAUUAUGUGAGCAAAUGUUUCCUGAAUGUCAUUAAGAAUUGUGCUGAUGGCUGGAAAGCACCUUUGAAGAACCUGGCUGAUGCUCAACAAGUUCAAGUUUAUACUGCCGCUGAGUUUCUGACUGGACCAGAACAAGUCAUUUCAGAACAGCGACGUGAUCAACUUGCUGAAACAAAUCCUCAGGCAAUAGCAAUGGAAAAUGAAGGAGAAGGUAAGUUGACUGUUGUUUUUGUUUGUCAUUACAACAUAAUAAUAUUUAUACGUAAGUGCGCUGUACAUAAAUGAUUAUUGCAAGUCUUUCAUGACCCUCUGGAAAAAUAUUAUUUUAUUUAAACAUCCCCUGCCCUUUGGAAUUUUUGGCAUUUUAACCCCUCUCCCCCUCCGCCAUGGAAUUUCCAUUGAUGAUCCAUGGAGAAGUUAUGGAUAUUUUCUGGAAAGACACAUUCCUUUCAUAUCUUAUGGUUCACCUUUAUACUUGGUUUAAAUUUUAUUUUCCUUUGUUUUAAACUCAUUAUCAUACAUCACCAUAAAUAAAGUAAAAGAAAAUACAAACCAUAAGGAUAAAAUAAUUGAACAAAAAUGUAUACAAAGUUAACUGAAACCUUCUAUAAAAGGUAAACCUUUUUUCCCUUAAUUUUCGUCAUGAAUCAGCAUGAUUUGGGUUUAAAGAAUGGUAAUAACAUUUAGAGCUUUACUUGAGGUGGAAAGAUGGAGUAAAAUAUUAAAUAAAUUCAACACCUUGCUGGCCAGCAGCCUUUUGUAUGAGGUUGAUGGUGGUGUUUAAUUACUCCGCAGGGUACUUUGAGAAUUUAAAACUUCUCUGUUAAGGUCAUGCCAUUAUUUUUGUAAACUUAAUGUUGCUUAUGCUUGUGAAAUGUUCUGCUCCCUACCCUGCCUCCCUGUAGAAAGUAUAUGUUAAGUAUGCGACCCUAAUGUUCCACUGGUAAGCAGUGAGAUUGUGCCUGGGUGGAUGCCACUCACAGGGUUGUCAAGGUUAUGUGCUGCACUUGGCAGCAUCUUAGGUCAAUAAGCCUCGCAGGCACCUCACCAUCACUUAUCAUUGAGAUUUUAAAUAUUACACAUUUAUUUAUAUGUUAUAAUUCACAAAGGUUUCCCAUCACUGUGAAUGUGCAAAAUAAAUAAAUAAAUAAAUAUUAAAAUAAUAAAUAAUAAUAAUAAAUAAAUAAUAAAAUAAAAUGAUGUAUAAAAUCAAUGAUUGAGAUUAAAAUAAUAAUAAUUUUAAUUAAUUACUAAUUAUUAGUAACAGCAGAUUUAAAUGCGUCCACAGAAGGCUGAUCUAAUAAAAAGGAACGUAAAGUUUUCUAUUCUUUUAAAGUUCUAGUAAAAAAAUUGUACUUAUAGGUAUUGCUGUUACUAUCAGUGUUUAUAAACUUGCUGCUAUGGUAAGAGCAGGUAACACAUACAGGUUGGGCGUGCAGUGUACUCUGGAAUAUUGACCCUGAUUUUAUUGUUCACUAUUUUGUACAUGGUUGUAAGUUGUGCAAUUUUGCGUCUCAGUUCUAGUGAGUGCCAGUUCAAAUAGUUCAGGAGAUUAGUGACUGUACCGGGUUUCCACUCAUAGCAGUUUUUUAGAAAUCUGGCAGCUCGCCCCUGUACUCCUUCAAUAUAGUGGCAAUGCUUUUGAGUAUGUGGGUCCCAUACGCAUAACAGACAUAACAGUCCUUUUAAUAAAAAAUGGCUGCUGUUGUUUUUCCAUACUCUGGAAAUUUGUUUAGUUCUUGGUUUAUAGUCUGUGUAGUUGUGAUUGAUUUAAACUGAUUUAAAUUUAAGAGAUUUCUAUGGAAAAAAGCCACACUAACCCAGUUAACUGUUCAUAGAAUAGGAUACUUGUACCCUUAAAACUACAUAAACUUUAAUCUUAACUUUACUUUAACUUGAUGCUUAAGGUAAAUAGUUUAAUUCUGUUGGCAAGUUUUCAUUAAGCAAUAGCAGCUGCAUGAUGUCUCUGAGCUCCACACAAUUUUUCUUGUGCAUGUACACAGGACUGUCUUAAAACUGAUGUACUGUUUGUAUUGUUUUCGUACAGGAGUAUUUGCAGCAGCAUUUGAUUGUGGAAUUGAGUGGUUAAUUGUGAAAGGAAUAGCUGACUAUGCAGAUGGCUCUCAGUUUGCUUCUGAGAGAUGGUCAUCCUGUGCAAGUGUGAUGGCAGCAUCUCUUGUUGCACACAUUUUGAAUGAACCCUGUCUUUUUCAUUCAUGGCCUCAUUAUCAAGGUAAUCAUUUUCAUAAAGGGCAUAUGAUUUAUUGAAACCAUUGAUGGGUUACUUAGUACAGUCACAGAUAAGCUACAGGGUAUAUAUACAUGUACACUGAGGGUACAUACAUGUUCCAUCCCAAAUUGAGGUGUCCAAUACACACCUAGCUUGUGUACAGACCCCUUCCCCCCCCCUCCCCCCCUCCAUUUCUCUGUUUUUUACUGAGGGGAAGGGUGUCUGUACACAGACUAAUGCACACCACUUGUUUAAAUUGUGUAAGUUUAGGUUGAAGUGGUGCAACUCAUAUACGUGUUGUUGAUAAGUGUUGUCAAACAAUGCCUACUAUUGGUGUGAUUGGUUCCAGUAGUGAAUGUGUUCCCAAGCCUGGAUUUUGUUUAAGGUGGAGAUAAACGAAUAUUUCAACAAACCACAUGGCACGCCCCCACAACCCAUGUUUCUUGUAAGCUUUGUCAGUAAUCGGUAUAUUUUGAUUUAUCACUUGCUCUAUCACUGAAUUUCUUUUUAAUAUUCUGUGUAAGAUUUUUAUCAUGAUACCAUAUUUUAUCUUUUCCUGUGACAGUAUAAUCAUAAUGUUAUCAGAAUGUUUAAUGGAGGAUUUCUUCUUUUCCCUGUGAUUAGCCUGUGUAGCUGGCGGGAUUCUUGUGCAGGCGGUACUUUUUUGGCGGCAGAGCUGCCACGUGCAACACGAGGGAUUUUGUACGCACUAAACAGCAUUCCCACGCUAAUCCCACUAGCUACGCUGGCUACCCUGUGAUAGGCAUGAUAAAAACACUAACCCUGAUGUGAACGAUUUUGAUGUCAUCAUGAUGUAUCAAUCUGUCAUUUUGUCGGGUUUUUUUUGUUAUUGUACAUUGUACUCACUAUCUGUCUUCUCAUUAGCUGAGAACCUACAGCUAAUUUUGGAAAUCAGCGCAACCUACAGAUUAGUUAGUAUCUUCUAGCAGGUAACUGACUAAUCUGUAGGUUGCGUGCACAAUGUAUGCUUUCCGAUAACAAAUUAUAUCAAUUCAGGUUCCUUUCGACUGUGUGUUUGCCGUUGGUAAAAUCCAACUAGUGGUCUAUUAUCAGUGCUGCGUUCUGAUUGGUUGAGCUACUACUAGGCUAUAUGUUAUAGCCCACUAGUAGCGAAAAGCGCCGGCUUUUUGGCGGCCAAAAAGGAUUAAAAUCUAGCUCUAGCUAGCUAAAAUUUUUUUAUUCUCGAUAUUUUUGAUCAACUAGUUGGAUUUUACUAAAACAAUUAUUCCUCUCGCCCUCAUGGCCUCUGAGUCAAUAGCCCAUUUAGCCUUUGGCCUCAUGGGCUAUUGACUCAGAGCCAAUUCAGGCUCGAGGAAUAACCGCUAAUUAUUUUCUUCAAAACAAUGUAUAAUAAAACAAUUAUUAGAUUCGGUUUUUCUGAUGUCCUAAAUAAUCAAGGUCUCGGUAAGGGUUAUCAUUCUCAGCCUUCGGCUCUUCUGAUAACACUUACCUCGACCUUGAUUAUUCCGGAUAUCACAAAAACCUCAUCCAAUAAUUAUUUAUUAACCCAUUCGCUCCUAGAGAUUUUGCCGAAAAACGCGUUUUGAAGCUAGUCGAGUGGUUUUCUGGUCACUGUCGUGCUAUAAAGAGCUAAAACUUACCACAAACUGGUUUACAGGUCGAACACUUCGCGGUCUUCCGAUCCAGAUGCAAAAUAUCAGCUUGCGAAGUUCGGGCAUGCGCAGAAAGCAAAAUUUCGACAGUUUUUGGGUUUAAAAGUGACACAGCAGUCUUGACUUUUACUUUUCGCUUUCUCUCCUCCCUUCUUUUUUUGCUUUUCUUGCCUCAUUUUUUUUUUCUCUUGCUGGGCAUUUAGUAGGCUUGAUUUUGGUGGGAAGAGUUUUUAGGAAAGCUUUUAGGAUCUUAGGAUUAGGCGAAAGGAAAGGUAGGUGGGUAAUGGGACAAGAUUUUCAUGGAGAUUUUCAGGUCAAUGUCACGUGGUUUUUUGCUUGUUUCUCCGGUGUCCUUGACUGAAUUGUGCUCAUUCUGGUAUGGUUUGAAAGAUCUCUUCACUCUGCACAAGUUAGUGAAGAAAGUUGUCCUUGGCCGUUAAAACUGAUGACGUCACAAUGGGUAGAAAGGACCUGGAUCCGCACGGGCGGUUACGGGCGGUUCAGGGGCGAAUGGGUUAAAUGGUAAAAUCACUUGACUAAGAUUUGAGAUUGUUAGUAGUUCAUGUUUGAUGGCUUACUAUUCUGAAAUAUACUUUUCCAUGCUAUUCUUAUUUGAUAGUGAUAUUUUAGUUAACCACUUUUUCAAGUAAAUAAUGUUAAGUGAUUGUUUUUCCGGCAGGGCUGCAGCAACGUGAGUAUAAGGACGGUCCAACCGAAAGGCGACCAUCAACCGCUUUAUCCAGCAACGCUUCACUUGAUUCCUCAUUCAACCGCACUCGAACAAACGAACAACAAUUAGCCGCUUCCUUCAUCGAAGAUAUGAAGAAACAUGUCCAAGAAGUCACUGAACAGCCUUACGGAGAUCUUAAAUCACCUUUCCAUUAUCCAGGCGAAGGACCUAGAAGAGAUCUGAAGCUUGACGAAAUCUUCACCAAUUUGACUGUUUACAGGGGGAGAGCUAAGUAUGACUUUUCUGGAGACAGAGUGGCACAACUAAACGAAUACCUCAAAGCCAAUGAAAAUUUGCGGCCAACACUGCCAGGAGAUAUUUUUAAUGCUAAAGAGCGGAAGAUUCUUGUUGUCGGUCGUCCUGGAAUUGGAAAAACUAUGUUUAGCACAAAGAUUAUUCGCAACUGGGCUUGUGAUAACUUAUUGAACGGAUCACAAAAAUUACAAAUGGAUUUUAAAGCUGCUUUUCUCAUUAAGUUGAGAAUGUUUAACUCUACAAACAAAGAACUAAAUGUUCGCGAGCUACUUGAUCACUCAGAGUAUUCAACAGCUCUUUCCGAAGAUUACUGGAACUACAUCCGUCAAGACCAAGAGCGAGUAUUGGUGAUUUUUGAUGGACUUGACGAAUAUUCUGGUAGGACUGAAAUAAAUAAAGAUGACGUUCGUUACAGAAACAAUGAAGAAGAAAGGAUGCCUGUCCAUUUUCUACUGAAGAAAAUAGUAUCGGGAAAAAUUCUAAAAGGUGCGACAGUCUUAACCACUACAAGACCCAAUGCCGUACGAUUUAUCACAAGUCUUCACUUUGACAAAACAGUUGAAAUACUGGGAUUUUCAACUGAGCAAGUGAAUGAUUAUGUACAGAAGUUUACAAAGGAGGAGGACAAAGCGGAAACCAUAAAGCAGCACAUCACCAGGAACUUAAACCUUGUAGCCUUCUGCUACGUUCCUGUUAAUUGCUUCAUCAUUUGUAGUUGCUUGUUAGAGUUGCUUGGUAACACUGGCUUUACCAGCCUCCCGACGAAACUGACAGAAAUAUACUCAGUUGCCGUAAGGAUGUUUUACUUUAGCUAUGAUGAUCUUCAAUAUCGCCACAAUAAAGCUGAAGGUCAACAGUUUUUUCUUAAGCCGUUUAAGGAACUUUCUUCCUCUGUGCAAGAGAUGUUCAAACGUCUGGGAAAAAUUGCCUUUGAUGGAAUUAAAGAGGGAAGACUAAUUUUUGAAUCACACGAAGUUAAAGACCUAGAGAGUAAUGGCUUGUUUCACCGUUUACCUGACACUAGAGACCGUCCUUUAGCAGAAGGAAGGAAACAAUAUUGUUUUGUACACCUGACGAUACAGGAAUUCUUGGCGGCAAAGUAUUUGGUAGACACGUCGUGUUCCGAAGAACUGGGGACCUUUGUUUCCGCUCACAUCCAGGAUGGCGCGUGGAGGGUUGUGAUGCAGUUUGUGGCUGGACUGCUGGCUGAAAAGGAAGGACAAUUAACAGAUAUUUUCAGCAACCUUCUGCCCUCAAAAACUAUUACUAAAGAAGUCAAAAUCGAGAUGACUGAAGAUUUAGAGGAACGAACCGAAACACGGACAUUUUGGCCAGCCGACCAUGAAGACAAGGCUUUUGUGGUGACGCUUUUCAAUUGCAUGUAUGAGAACAAUGCUUCUGGUCGAGAAGUUCAAAAGAAACUGGCGAAAAUUGGUUGUAAUGCGCUUGAUUUUAGUCAGUUUAACCUGUCACCUCUCGACUGUUUAGCAUUAGUGCAUGCACUUAAAAAUGUUGAAGGAAUUUUGGAUUUUAAUUUAAGCCGCAACAACCUUCAGUCGCUAGGAUGUAUUGAGAUUGCGAAGUUGUUACCUGGCAACGAACACAAUCAGGGUUUUUGCGAACUAAAAAGCUUAUACUUCUGGACUAACAACAUGACUGAUGAAGGAGUGAAACAUUUAUCUUCAGCACUCACACACACUAACUGCAAACUAAACACCUUAUACCUCGAGGAUAACAACAUAACUGAAGAAGGUGUGAAACAUUUAUCUACAGCACUCACACAUACUAACUGCAAACUAAGCAGCUUAAACCUCGAGGAUAACAACAUAACUGAUAAAGGUGUGAAACAUUUAUCUACAGCACUCACACACACUAACUGCAAACUAAACAGGUUAGGCCUCGGUGGUAACAACUUAACUGAUGAAGGUGUUAAACAAUUAUCUACAGCACUCACACACGUUAACUGCAAACUAAACAGCUUAAACCUUAGGGAUAACAACAUAACUUCUGAAGGUGUUGAACAUUUAUCUACAGCACUCACACACAGUAACUGCAAACUAAACACGUUAGACCUCGUGGGUAACAACAUAACUGUUAAAGAUGUUAAACAUUUG